AUGGCACCCUCUGAUCGUCUCACUCAGGUCAAUGAACACCUCAAUUACCCUGCCGGUGUGCUAGCAGGCCAAGUCGCCAUCAUCACAGGCGCAGGCCAAGGCAUCGGCGCCGAAGCAGCACGGCUAUUCGCAAACGAAGGCGCCAAAGUCAUAGUUGCUGACAUCGACAGCAAGAAGGCCAACGCCGUCGCAGACGCCAUCAACUCGGCGAAAUCCGGCCGCGCCCUCGCUGUUGUCGGCGACAUCCUUGACAGCGACUAUAUCACCAAUCUGGUGAAGAAGGCAGCUGAUUUCGGCAAUGGCAAGAUCCACAUUAUCGUCAAUAAUGCCGGCUUUACAUGGGAUGGUGUUAUUCAUAAGAUGACCGACAAACAAUGGGACACAAUGCUAGCAGUACACAACACAGCACCAUUCCGACUCGUCCGCGCUGCAGCAUCCUACUUCCGCGUCAAAGACCAAGAACCCCGUGUAAUCAUCAACAUAAGCAGCACCAGUGGAAUCCACGGCAACGCCGGCCAAGCCAACUAUGCCGUCGCCAAAGCCGGCGUCGUGGGACUUACCCGCACAAUUGCCAAAGAAUGGGGUCCCUCAUUCGGCGUCCGCUCUAACACCAUAGCAUUCGGAUACGUAACCACCCGCCUUACAGGGGCAAAGGAAGAAGGUGCUUUCAUCACCACACCCGACGGCACGAAAGUGUCCCUGGGAAUCCCUGGUAAACAGCUGGAUGGGAAGAAGGGCGCAGAUGCAGCUUACCCGGAUAUCCCCUUGCGUAGACCUGCUAGCCCUGUUGAGGCGGCGAGGGCUGUGCUGGGUGUUGCGAGCCCGUGGUUCUCGUAUGUUAAUGGGGAGACAAUUCGGGUUACCGGUGGGAGGAAUAUGUAA